UAUUAUGACUAUUUCCGGUUGGCAAAAUGGCCGAGCUGCUUCUUGAUUCUGAUAUCCGAAUUUGGGUGUUUUUACCCAUUGUAUUAAUCACAUUCUUCACUGGAAUCAUCAAACAUUAUGUAACAAUUCUGUUGUCCUCAGAAAAGAAGACUGAAUUGCAGCAAGUUACUGAUAGCCAUGUUCUAAUCAGAAGUAGAAUUCUCAGAGAAAAUGGAAAAUUUAUAACAAAGCAGGGAUUCUUAAUGAGGAAAAGCUUUUUCAAUGCAGAAAAUACAGGUUAUUUCAAAACGGAGAAAAGAGAAUCGAAUGCUAAAAAUCCAAUGACAGAUCCUUCCAUGAUGACAGACAUGCUGAAGGGUAAUGUCACCAAUGUGUUACCUAUGAUUGUUAUAGGAGGGUGGAUCAACUGGGCAUUCUCAGGCUUCUUGACAACCAAAGUUCCAUUUCCCUUGACUCUCCGAUUCAAGCCUAUGUUGCAAAGAGGGGUAGAGCUGGUUUCUCUUGAUGCCUCUUGGGUUAGUUCAGCCUCAUGGUAUUUCCUAAAUGUUUUUGGAUUAAGAAGUUUAUACACUCUCAUACUGGGCCAAGAUAAUUCCGCUGAUCAGACAAAAGCCAUGCAGGAACAGAUGUCAGGAGCAGGCAUGAUGACCCCACCUGAUCCAAUGAAAGCCUUCAAAGGAGAGUGGGAGGCGCUAGAAGUCUGUAACCACCAAUGGUGUCUCCAGGGAGUGGAGGAGGAUUUGAUUGACGGGCCAGUGCAACCAGAGACCAUAUACAUCAAGAACAAAUACGCAUAAUACACAUCUUGUCAUUUGUAAAUUAUUGUAGAAAAAUAAUGUCACUUAUUAAAAAGAGAUUGCAUUUAUGGAAGCAAUUAAUGCAAUUCUUGAAUAAAAGUAUGUUUACAGAU